AUGUGCGGCUCCUCCCACACCGCCAUCUUUUGUCUGGAAAUCCCGGAUGCUGCGGUCGCCGGACGCUGCUCCUCAGAUCCUCCCCGUAGAUUGUGCGUCCUUGAAGCUAUGCUGCCAGAGUGUGCUAUGGGUUUACAAGAGCAACAAAAGAUGAAUAAAUCUCCGGAGUUGGUAUCAUUUGAGGAUGUGGCUGUGGACUUCACCUGGGAGGAGUGGCAGGACCUGAAUGAUGCUCAGAGGACUUUGUAUAGGGAUGUGAUGCUGGAGACCUACAGCAACCUGGUGUCACUGAAUGUCCAGAUAGAUGAUGACCUCGAGGAGAGGAACCAAGAAAGUCAUGGUAGCUGCUUGCAGCAAAUUGUAGUCACCAAGAGCAACACAUCAGCUGAGGAGAGAGUUGUGUUAGGAAAAUCAUUUUAUUUGAAUUCAUAUCAUGUUUUAAAUCUGAUUAUAAAUAAUGGAAAGUAUUCUGGAAAGGGACAUGAGGAGUUUUACAUAUGUCAGAAUGCACUUCUUCCUAGAGAUCCUGAUAAUAUGCCUGCUGGAGAGAAACCUGAUGACCAUCAUAUAACUGGAAAAUUGACCAGACAUCAUGAGCAUCUUAGUCAGCAUCUCAGUAUUCAAACUGGGAAGCAGCUUUUGGAAUACAGUGGAAAAGGGAAAUCCUCCAACACAGAGCCAAUAAUAUUUACACAUGAAAAGAUUCAUAUCGAUGAGACCACCUGUAAGUAUAAUGAAUAUGGGAAAGGCUGUGGUAAGGCAGCUGUCAUUGUCCAAGAAAUAAGUCAGGUAGAAAGGAAAACUUUCCAAUGUGGUAUAUGUGGGAAAAUGUUCUAUAAAAAGUCCGAACUCAGUGAACAUCAGAUUAUGCACACAGGAGAGAAACACCAUAAAUAUACCGAAUGUGAGAAAUCUUUUAUUAAGAAAUUAUACCUUACCUCACAUCAGAGAACACCAACACAGGAGAAGCUUUAUGGUUGUAAUGAACAUGAGAAAAUUUUUUGUCAGGAGUCAGACCUUACAAUUCAUCAGGAAACUCAUACAGGAGAAAUUUACUGUGGAAGUAUUAACUGUGGAAAAAGCUUCUGUAAGAAUUCACUUAGCCAUCCUGAGAGAAUUCACACAGGUGAAAUACCAGAUAGAUGUAAUGAAUAUACAAAAUCUUUCUGCCAUGAGUCUGCACUCGCUUUAUAUCAGAGAGUUCACACAAGUGAGAAACCAUGUAAAGAAUAUAAAAAAACAUUUUACAGUAAUAAAUGUGGUAAAAACUUUCUUGAAAAGUCACACUGCAGCAGUUAUCAGAGAAUUCGAACAGGUGAGAAACCAUGUGAAUGUAAGGAAUGUGGAAAAACUUUUAACCAAAAGUCCAGCCUCAGCGUUCAUCAGAGAAGUCACACAGGUGAGAAACCAUAUGAAUGCAGAGAAUGUGGAAAAACUUUUAACCAAAAGUCACACCUCUGCAGGCAUCAGAAAAUUCACACAGGUGAGAAACCAUAUAUAUGUAGAGAAUGUGGAAAAACUUUUAACCAAAAGUCAUGCCUCAGCAUUCAUCAGAGAAAUCACACAGGUGAGAAACCAUAUAUAUGUAGAGAAUGUGGAAAAUCUUUUAACCAAAAGUCAUGCCUCAGCAGGCAUCAGAAAAUUCACACAGGUGAGAAACCAAAUGAAUGUAAAGACUGUGGGAAAGCUUUUACCUACAAGUCAGACAUGAGAAAGCAUGAGAGAAUUCACACAGGUGAGAAACCAUAUGAAUGCAAAGAAUGUGGAAAAGCUUUUAGGGAAAAGUCAAGCCUCAGCAUUCAUCAGAGGAAUCACACAGGUGAGAAACCAUAUGAAUGUAAAGACUGUGGAAAAGCUUUUAACCAGAAGUCACAGCUCAGCAUUCAUCAGAGAAGUCACACAGGUGAGAAACCAUAUGCAUGUAAAGACUGCGGGAAAGCUUUUACCCACAAGUCAGACAUGAGGAAGCAUGAGAGAAUUCACACAGGUGAGAAACCAUAUCAAUGUAGAGAGUGUGGAAAAACUUUUAACCAAAAGUCAUGCCUCAGCAUUCAUCAGAGAAAUCACACAGGUGAGAAACCAUAUGAAUGUAUAGAAUGUGGAAAAACUUUUAACCAAAAGUCAAACCUCUGCAGGCAUCAGAAGAUUCACACAGGUGAAAAACCAAAUGAAUGUAAAGACUGUGGGAAAGCUUUUACCUACAAGUCAGACAUGAGGAAGCAUGAGAGAAUUCACACAGGUGAGAAACCAUAUGAAUGUAUAGAAUGUGGAAAAACUUUUAACCAAAAGUCAUGCCUCAGCAUUCAUCAGAGAAAUCAUACAGGUGAGAAACCAUAUGAAUGUAUAGAAUGUGGAAAAACUUUUAACCAAAAGUCACACCUUAGCAGGCAUCAGAGAAGUCACACAGGUGAGAAACCAUAUGAAUGUAAAGACUGUGGAAAAGCUUUUAGGGAAAAGUCAAACCUCAGCAUUCAUCAGAGAAAUCACACAGGUGAGAAACCAUAUGAAUGUAAAGACUGUGGGAAAGCUUUUACCUACAAGUCAGACAUCAGGAAGCAUGAGAGAAGUCACACAGGUGAGAAACCAUAUGAAUGUAAAGACUGUGGAGAAGCUUUUAACCAGAAGUCACAGUUCAGCAUUCAUCAGAGAAUUCACACAGGUGAGAAACCAUACGAAUGUAGAGAAUGUUGAAAAACUUUUAAUCAAAACUCACACCUUAGCGGCAUGAGAGAAUUCACACAGGUAUGAAACCAUAUGAGCAUUAAGAAUGUGGAAAUGCUUUUGGUGAGAAGUCAUACUUCAGCAUUCAUCAGAGAACUCACACAGGUGAGAAACCAUAUUAAUGUAAAGAAUGUGGAAAAGCCUUUAAGAAAAAGUUAGGUCUCAGGAGGCAUGAGAGAACUCACACAGAUGAGAAACUAUAUGAAUGCCAAGAAUGUGGAAAAGCCUUUAGUGAAAAGUCACCUCAGCAGCCAUCAGAGAGUUCGCAAAGGUGGGCAACCAUGUGAAUGUGAAGAAUGUGGGAAAACAGUUUGCUGGAACUCACCGUAAUAGACAUGAACAAAUUCACACAUAGGAAAAUCCCAACUAAUGUAAUGGCUGCGGGAGAAAGUUUUGACAUAAAUCAUGUCAUGUUUCAUAAGAGAACUCACACCAAGAAGCAGCCCUAUAAAUGUACAGCUGUCCCUUGGUAUUGGAGAGUGGUUCCAGGAGCCCCUGUUGAUGAAAACAUUUGCAAAUGAUGAAGCCCCUUCUGUAAAUGAUGUACUGUUGCAAUAUUGCCUAUGAACUUUUUUCAUGUCCUUAACAUCUUGAGUCGAA